AUGGAAGACGACAUGAAAUCAUUUAUUCAAUUCACAGAGAGAGAAGAUUUCGAUGAAGAUCAAUUACUUAAGAGUGAUUUUUAUCCCUAUUUUUACAAAGGAUAUUCAUUAAUUGAAUUAUGUUGUUAUCAUGGAUCUGUUAAUUGUUUCAAGCUAUUAAUAUCAAAAUUUCAAUCAAAAAUAACUCAAAAAUGUCUCGAAUUCUCAUUUCUUAGUGGAAAUGCAGAAAUCAUGAGCGAAUGUUUAAAGGUUCAAACUCCAGACAAAUCUACUAUGGAAUAUGCAAUUAUUUCACACAAUAUUGACUUUGUAUCAUUUUUGAUGGAUGAAUAUAAUAUUGGCAUCGAUUUAGAACAGUGCUGUAAAUAUCAUAACAUUCAAUCAUUCUUUGUUGAUUUUGAUAUUUCAAACGAUGUCAAUCGCUGCUUCCUUUUGAGUUUGUACUUUAAUAUUCCAGACUUAUGCGAAUAUUUCAUUUCAAAAGGUGCAUCAUUGAAUUUAACGAAUACAUCAAAACAAACGGCCCUUCACAUUGCUUCUAUAAAUAGCAGCAAAGAUGUUGUCGAUAUUCUUCUCUCACAUAAUGUUGCUGUAAAUUCAACAGAUAGAAAAGAGAAAACGGCUCUUCAUUAUGCUGUUGAAUAUAACAAAAUCUCUAUAGUAGAAGUUCUUUUAUCUCAUGGUGCCAAGAUAAGCUUAAAAGAUCAAGAAGGAAAUAGUGCAUUUAUUGAGUCGGUCACAAAAAAUUAUUGGGAUAUAACAAAAUUAUUUCUUUCCAGAAUUCACAAAUUCAAUGAUAAGGAAGGAGGAGAAGCGCUUCGUGCUGCUGCAAAAUCAAAUAGAAUAGACAUUGUUGAAACUAUUCUUGAAAGAGGAGUGGACAUUAACUCUUGGCAUGAUUGCACUGCCCUUCAUUUAGCUUUGCUAAAUAACCAUUCAGAGAUGGCCAAAAAUCUCAUUUAUCGUGGGGCAGAUGUCACACAAAUGGUUGACAUACAUGAACCUUAUAGAAACCAAUUUUCAUGUCUCCAUAUCGCGUUAGCUUCACACAACUUCGAUGCAGCGAUAUUACUUAUUUGGCAGGGGAUUAAUGUUAAGGCUUUGGACUUUUAUAAGAAUACUACACUUCAUUAUAUUGCAUUUAGGCACAAGGAAGACCGUUUUAACGAACAUGAUUCAAUUGAAAAAAUAUACGAGAUAAUAAGGCUUUUAAUAUCCCAUGGUGUAGGUAUCAAUGCAAGAAACUCAUAUGGUGAAACUCCACUUCAUUUUGCCUCAUACUACAACUGCAUUGAAAUUGCAGAUUGUUUCAUAUCACAUGGAGCAGAUAUCAAUGCUCAGGAUAAUGAUGAAAGAAAUUCUCUCUAUUUUGCCAUUAUAAACAAUAAUUUGGAAAUCAUUAAAUUUCUUCUUUCACAUGGCCUAAAUAUCAAUUCAGUUGAUUCUCAAAAUAGAACAUCCUUGCAUUAUGCAUCGCAAUAUUCUUCGAAAGAGAUAGUAGAAUAUCUUAUCUCUCAAGGUGCUAAUAUCAAUGCCCGAGAUAGUGGCAAAAGAACUGUUCUUCACUACGCAGCUGAAGGAAAUAAUAUCCAAAUUAUUGAAUAUUUACUUUCACUUGGCUUAGAUAUCAAUGUUAUAGAUUACAGGAACGAGACACCACUUCAUUUUGCAGCAUCUAGAGGAUUUAAUAAGAUGGUAGAAUUUCUUAUAUCAAAUAGAGCAAAUAUUAAUGCAUGA